AUGGCAGAUAACCUCUCUGGCCUGGGGCGUGAAGUGGAGCGCCUAGUGACGGCUCCAUAUGCGCCCUCUCUCCAGGACCUACAUGCAUUUGUUCAAGGCUCUUCUACAGCUUCGUUGUCUUCAUGGGCCUCGCACAAGCCCUGCCAGGUUGGUGCUUUGGCUGAUAUUCUUGUCGACGGCCUGUCUCGUUCCAACUUCGCUCUGGACCUCGUUAGGGCUUUCGCCCGCCUCGAGCCUUUCCGUAAUGCUUUACUUGAACGCUAUCCCUGUAUGUUGGACCAAUUUCUCCAGAGGUCUGAAAAUGGUGAACCUCAGUACAUCGCGACAUGCGUUGCAAUGCUUUCUUCGCCUCUACCGCCCAACUACAUUGUCCCCGCACGCCUGGCAUCCUUUAUCACCCAUUUGGUUAACUCCAUAGGCGAAAGUCCCUGCGCCGAGACUAUUCUACCACUCUAUCAGCUGAUGACUGGCCUUCGAACCACUCCGCGAGUACUCCUUGAGGUUCCGUCAGAGAUCAUGUCUAACAUUCAAGUCGAGUUGACCAAAACACUUCGUAACCUCGAUGACCAUACAGGAAACCUUCUUUGCCUUGCAACAUUUGCGCAAAUAGCAUCUUCAAAUAAUUCCCAGAUGAACAACGGUCCAGAGCAAGGCCCAUCCUGGUUGCAGAAUGUCAAGCAUUUCUUCGGCCCCAAGCGAGGCUUAAAGACCUUGGACCUUGUCGUUCUGCGAGUUAUUUUCGCUUGCUCCGCCAGUUGCAAUAGCCUGACUGCCGAACAGGCAACUGAGAGUAUCCGUUUAGCUAUCGAAAUAUGUGGCAUUGUAGAGCCGGAGCAAAGAGAAUGCUGGAUUGGUGCCAACUCCACCAAAAUCGCCAAACUGUCCGAAAAGGUGACAAGGCCUGGCAUUGACCGGGGGGUGCAAAUUUUGGGCGCAACCUUUAUGGUUUCCCUUCUUCCAGCUUCUGCGUUGCCUCAUGGCAUCCCCGGACUAGCGCCCCAGUGGCUCUUACAUGAAGACACUGCUCGUGUACUCGAGCUCCUUCCAUUGACUUACAUCCCGCGGUUGGUGGAGGCAAACAUUGUGAGUAAUGGGUUGACUGGAAACUGUAAGCGUUCUAACUCACCUUUCAAGGUCUACUCAGGACAAUCGGUUGCAAGCGGGCUGCUGGACUACGUGAUCAGUGCAUUGCAGCCAAACCAAACAACUCGAGUUCCAAGUAUCAACAGAACCCAGAUUGCAAGGUCAAUCCUUGCUGGCCUGCAGAGUCUGGGGUCCCAGGUUCUUAGCUCCGCCGUUGCCGAAGUGGCGGUUAGACAGUGCCGGGAGAACAUCAACGGGCUGCUUGAGAUCUUCCCCCGGCGAUGCUCCGUAACUGCCUGCCGGCACUUCAACACCUGCCAAGCUGCGGCUGUCCAACUGGAGAAUGACCUGUUCAAUGAUCUGUUCAGCUUCUAUUUCCGGUCGGCACUUGCAAUGAAGUCGAGUGGCCAGCUCGACUACGCAACGGAGACGAAGGCCUUUGGGCUGUUCAUCUCUAGAGCCAAUGGAACUACAUCAAGCACUAAAUGUCAAUUCCGAGAAACAAAGCCACUUGAGCUCCGAGAUGCCUUUUCAUCCCUAAAAAUUCAAGACCAGUCACCCAGCUUAAGACAAGACUGGCGAACUGGGAUAGCCCAGACACUUGAAUGGAAUUCCCGUUUGGGCUAUGACAACAUGAUGCAAAAAAUUGAAGAGAUCUGCUACGACCUUGAAAAACGUUGCAAUGGCGUUGAAGCCCCGUUGAGGGCAGUUGAGGAUGAGCGCGACAGGCUACUCAGAGAGGCAGAGGAACUGAACUCUCACAACAAGCAACUGUAUUCAGAGUUAAAGCAGGCAUCUGGAACCACCUAUGAUCUCCAACAAGAUAUUUCGCGCCUAGAGUCUCAGGCAGAAACUGCAUCAAGCCGCAUCGACCAGCUGUCGGCCAGUCUUGAAACCGCACGGAAGGACCUCGACGACCAGCGACUCGAAUCGCAAGAGUCCGCUAACAGCGAGCGUGAACAAGCCCGAUCUAAAGAGUUGGAGCUGGUUGCUUCCCUAACUGAAAUGGAGGAAAAAUUGGAAGACUUACAAGAACAAAUCGUGGUUCAAAGAGGGGAGAAUGAUAGAGUGAUGGAGGAAUUGGAUAUGAUGGAUCAAGAAAAACUGGCCUAUUCAAAGAGGUGUGCAUCUGUAGAGCAACAGCUACUUGACCUGGAACGCGAGUUUGAAGCGCAGAUCGAAGAGACGCACAGACACAUGGGCCAGCAAAGUGAUCGAAUUGGCCAACUUCUAGCUGAUCGAGUCGAAGCCGAAAGUCGGGAGGAAUCGCUACAAGCUAAGUUAUCUGAGGAGGUUCUGGAAUCCGAAAGGCUCAAGACCGCUCUUCAGCAAUUAGAGGAAAGCCACAAAGCAGAAAUGGGCACCCUUCAGAAGCAUUCCGAGACACAGAUUUCCAAAAUGACCAUAGAGUCUGAAAAACUCAGGGAUGAAAUUGCUUCUCUUCAGGCCGGUAUGCAGGCAUCCGCAUCCAGUGCCACCAAAGAGCUCCACGCAAGAGAUAAAAGGAUCCACUACCUAGAGAAAAAGAUACAACACAUGCGGGAUGAACGAUCAGCUAAAGCACGGGAAUUCUCCGAGGCGCAACAACACAUCGGCCGGUUAAUGAGUGUAAUGGGAUUCAAACCGGAUCCUGCAAGUUCAAAGCCUCCCGGUGAGGAUACACAAAGCCAACAUGGUCGACAAACGGCGGAGUCGUUCGACCUCAAUGCAACCCCAACCCCGCCUGGGGAGCGCAGUCCCAAGAGGUCGCGGGAUUAUGCGUUUGCUUCGACCGAAUCACCAACGCCUUCUCACACAUCUGGGAAGAAAUCAAGGGAGUCGGUUUCUCGGCGCGGAACACAACAGCCCGGGGAGAGGAAAGUCCUGGAAGAUGCAACCCAAAAUAGCCAACCAAUUGCUCAGGCCAGCAGCAUACCUUGCUCCAGUCAACGAGAGAGUUUUCAAGGAGGCCAAGUAGGCGGGGUGACUGAUGAGAAUCGUCUGCAGGAAAUCGAUCUGGACAUGGAUUUGGAGUUCUCCAAGGACUUCCUGUUUACAAGCACUUCUGUUUCUGAGGUGAAUGACCACAGACCUCCACUGGGGACCCAGAGAUAA